UCGUUGACGCUUUUCAUGCUUUGCAAAUCACUCGGCGGCGUGUUUGACUUUCUACCAAUCGAUGGGAGCACUAUAUAUGCAUGCACGAUGACACGCUCCAAGAAUCCCGCGCCGAAGUCAACCACACUCUCUUCUCCUCUGCCUCGACCAAACUGAUCAUGGACUCCGCCGAUUGGGGCCUCGAGGCGGUCGUGAGGAGCUGCGGCGGCUCGACCGUACUUCCCGCCUCGGAAGCAGAACCAGAGCCUACAGCCGCGCGGGCUGGCCGGGGAGUCGUCGCCCGUGUGGCAUCCUCCGGGGAGUUCGUCGGGCAACGGAUGAAGGCGGCUUCCUCGUCCUCGUCGUCGUUGUACGACGUCAUGGAGCGGCCUCGGGCGCCAUUUUCCAUCACGCCGUCGUCGACGUCCCGCGAGCGCAACGUGCCCAUCUCCUUCUCGACGUCCGGGCAGACGCUGCCGGGAAGGAAGCAGACUGGCCGGAAACCGGGCGUUGGCACUCCCACCCACAGGCGGCGGAAAACAAGCAAGAAGAAGGUGGUGCGGUUGGUGCCGGUGGCCCACGGCGGCGUCGCCAACAGCACCGCCGACGACCUGUGGGCGUGGCGCAAGUACGGCCAGAAACCUAUCAAGGCCUCCCCGUUUCCUCGAGCCUACUACAAGUGCAGCAGCCUCAGGGCGUGCACGGCGCGGAAGCUGGUGGAUCGCAGCCCGGCCAAGCCCGAGGUGCUCAUCGUCACGUACAUCGACGACCAUUGCCACGCUGUGCCCGUGCCGAUCACCACGCUCGCGCACCACCCACCCAAGUCACCGCGGGGCACGACGACGGCAGGCGAGGCGGUCUCAGUAUCGUCUUGCAUCGCUGCGGAGUUGGCGGACGACAAGUCCAAGCUCCGGGCACCCGUGGGGCUGGACGAUUUCUUCGGCUCUUUCGACAACACCGUGUUCUCGAGGACGUGGGCGACGACGUUUGUGGACGACGGGUUUCUUCCCUCUAGUUUGUGAAGCUGAUUUGCACAGAAAAUAGGCAUUGUGUACCACUACGUCCCGUUGUAAAUACACAACUUCAGGUCCAGGUACAACCAAUUUUCAUUAACUUCUACUACUAGUACUACAUCAAAAAAAAGUUAGUUUUGCUUGUUUGACAAACGGCAGCGAGGAGCGUCGAUCCUGGCGAGGCUGAGCCAGGACCUUGCCCAAGACUUUCCAGGUAAAUGCGAGGAAGUAUGUUGACUAGUGCGGUUUUGGCAAAAGGGGUGCAUGCGUGGUCUUCGUCGAGAACAAGAGGUCGGGAAUGUUUAGCGCUCCGGCUGGUUGAAGAACAAUGACCGCGCAAUAUUAACCGUUGCUUCUAUGACCAACCACUGGUAAUAUAUUACAGUGGCGGGGGCGCCCGCCACUUGUAAGCUCGCCUAGGGAAAUUUGCCUUGACAUUGUUUUUGCUGCAGUGGCAGCAUUUU